AUGGCAACAAUCGCAAGCCAGACAUUCCUCCGCCAGCUCAAGUCCAUCUUCCCCUCACCCACCCUAACGACUCCCGAUGCUGUCAUAGCUCAGCCGUGGUACCUCGUCGCGGCGGUGGCCUUCAGCGCUAGCCGCAAGCCCGAGGCAGUUCCCGUUGUAUAUGAGUUUGCACUGAACGAGCUGAGGCUCGUGCAAACCGCGGAGCCACCGGAACGUGCGCAUGAGCAGCAGAUGAGGUUGACGAGUAAAGUCCGGGAGGCGAUCCUGCAGUCUGGGUUGCUUAGCGGGUUCCCGAGGGUCAUCGAGAGCUUGAUCGCGCUGCAAAAAGUCACUCCUGAGAAUUUACGCAGCACACAGGUACUACGCAAUUCGACACAAACCGUCGAGCAAUAUGCGAAGGACGGAGAGAAACUAUUCCGAUCCAUGUACCGCGAGACUGCAGACCCCGUCCAAAGCCUCCUUGACUCCGCAUACCUUGAUUUAGGAUGGUGGUGCAAUACGGUCGGCUACGGCAUCACUUAUGGCGGCACGGAUGUUCUCACACAAGUCGAGACAACCUACGCGAUAGUCGCUGCGCUCAUAGCGGUUGACGCGCCGCGGCAAGUGGGCUGGCACCUUGCGAACGCGCAGCAUGGCGGGGCAACGAGAGAGGAGGCAAAGGCCGUGAGAGAGAUCGCAAUGAAGGUCGCGGAGCAGGCUGGCGUGAAGUGGCAGGAUGGCGUGCCGGAUGUCGAGUAA